AAAUAAGAGUUUCGCGUCAACUGGAUCCUGAAGGAUCACGGAAAGUCCCGGCAAGACGACGAACUUCUCUUUGGCUCUAGUUUGAAUCUAUCUCCGUUGGUUUCAAUUUCCCAUUUUUCACAAUCUCCGCCUUGCGCGAUUGGUACUCGUCCCUCGCUAUAUUCCCUUUGUCAGAUGUACAAUCGCCAUUGAAUUGGACACCUUGUACCUAAACGACCCGAAAUCACGUCUGGUUCUGAUCCGAGUAUUCGAUUUCCACUCAGACAGCGAGUGAUUGGAGUUUUAGGCUUACUAGGUACUGUUUUACCGGACAGCAGAGGGAGAAAGAAAGAAAGGAGAAUCGGUACAAUGGUGUCGGACAAUGCGAAAGGGGUAAUACUAGCUGUGUCGUCGAGUGUGUUCAUUGGUUCGAGCUUCAUUUUGAAGAAGAAAGGUCUCAAGCUAGCGGGUGCCACUGGAACCCGAGCUGGGUUUGGAGGUUAUACAUACUUGCUAGAGCCGCUUUGGUGGGUGGGCAUGGUGACAAUGAUUGUCGGAGAAGUUGCAAACUUUGUGGCUUACGUCUAUGCUCCAGCUGUUCUGGUCACUCCUCUUGGUGCGCUAAGUAUAAUUGUGAGUGCUGCUUUGGCACACUUCCUCUUGAAGGAAAAACUCAAGCUUAUAGGAAUCCUGGGAUGUGUUUCUUGCAUUGUGGGCUCUGUUGUGAUUGUCAUACACGCACCUCAGGAGCAGUCCCCGAGAUCCGUUGAAGAAAUCUGGAAUCUAGCAACUCAACCAGCUUUUCUAGUUUAUGUAGCUGUAACGAUUUCGCUUGUCCUGGCAUUGAUUCUGCACUUUGAACCUCACUGUGGCCAAACAAACAUCCUGAUCUAUCUCGGAAUUUGUUCGUUUAUGGGUUCUCUCACUGUGGUGAGCAUAAAGGCAAUCGGGAUAGCAACAAAGCUGACAUUGGAGGGCACAAGCCAGGUUGCAUAUCCGCAAACAUGGUUUUUUCUUGCCGUUGCUGCAAUCUGUGUCGUUACGCAAUUGAAUUACCUGAACAAGGCACUGGACACGUUUAAUGCAGCAGUUGUUUCUCCGGUGUACUAUGUAAUGUUCACAACCCUCACGAUAGUUGCCAGUGCAAUCAUGUAUAAGGAUUGGUCGGGGCAAAACAUAGCUAGUAUAGCCUCUGAGAUAUGCGGAUUCAUCACCGUGCUGACUGGCACAAUCAUGCUCCACACCACAAAAGAACAAGAACAAGCUUCUUCAGGAACCACGAAAUGGCACGAUUCAGUAAAGAGCAUGGAUGAAGAAUAUCUUAUUAGUUUCCACAGCUCCGAAUACUGAGGAAUGUGUUGUUAAAUCCUUUUGGAACAUAACUAGAGAUCAUCCGUGUUCUUGGGGGAUGCAGCUCCAGCUCAGAUUGCCUUUGGAAGAUGCUUAAUGUUCUUUAAUGUGUCCAAAAUCAUGGUGUCUUUUGAAGAUCUCGCCGUACGUAUAUACAUGCGCGCGCACAGACAUGUUUUAUUGCGGUUGUGUUUGUGGGUUGGGAUCUAAUUGGUUCUUGAUUCCUCCACUUCAGCCCCGAAUCUCUAAUCUUUUGGGAUGUUUCGGGGCUGGGGUUGUUUUCUUUUGUUCUCCCGACUUUUAUCCAUAUUUUAAGGUUACUUACCGCUA